GCUUCUGAGGAGGGUCACUUCCUUGCUGGCUGCCACCAGAAGAGUCCACUUCUCAGUGACUCCUGGGAACUGGAUGUGGCAGAGGGUAGCCAGGCAGCAUGAUCCUGCUCGCUGUUCUUUUCCUCUGCUUCUUCUCCUCAUAUUCUGCUUCUGUUAAAGGUCACACAACUGGUCUCUCGUUAAAUAACGAGCGGCUCUACAAGCUCACAUACUCCACUGAAGUGUCUCUAAAUGGGGGCAAAGGGAAACUGGAAGACAGUGUGGGCUACAGGAUCUCAUGUGACGUGGAUGUUGUGUUACUGUGGCGGAACCCUGACGGGGACGAUGACCAGCUGAUCCAAGUCACGAUAACAGCUGUCACCGUUGACAAUGUGAAUCAACAGAGAGGAGAGAAGAGCAUCUUCAAAGGCAAAACUGAAGCUAAGAUCAUAGGCAAGGACAACCUGCAGGCUCUGCAGAGACCCAUGCUUCUUCAUCUAGUCCGCGGAAAGGUCAAAGAGUUCUACUCGUAUGAAAAUGGGCCUGUGGGCAUAGAGAACCUCAAGAGAGGCUUGGCCAGCUUAUUCCAGAUGCAGCUGAGCUCCGGAACCACCAACGAGGUAGACAUCUCUGGGGAUUGCAAAGUGACCUACAAGGCUCAGCACGACAAAGUGGUCAAAAUUAAGGCCCUGGAUACAUGCAAAAUCGAGAGAUCUGGAUUUACAACGGCAAAUCAGGUGCUGGGCGUCAGUUCAAAAGCCACAUCUGUCACCACCUAUAAGAUAGAGGACAGCUUUGUCACAGCUGUGUUUGCAGAAGAGACGAGGACUUUCUCCUUGAACUUCCUACAAACCAUCGCAGGAAAAAUGGUGUCGAAGCAGAAACUGGAGCUGAAGACGACUGAAGCAGGCCCAAGGCUGAUACCUGGGAAGCAAGUUGCUGGAGUAAUUAAAGCGGUUGAUUCGAAGUACACGGCCCUUCCUAUUGUGGGACAUGAUUUCCAGAGCGCCUGUAAAGGUUGUCCCUCUCUGGCGGAGCACUGGCAGUCUAUUAGAAAGCACAUGGAGCCUGACAACCUGUCCAAAGCCGAGGCUGUCCGGAGCUUCCUGGCCUUCAUUCAGCACCUCAGAACUUCCAGAAGAGAAGAGAUCCUCCAGAUCCUGAAGGCAGAGAAGAAAGACGUCCUACCUCAGCUUGUGGAUGCUGUCACCUCUGCUCAGACCCCAGAUGCAUUGGAAGCCAUCCUAGACUUUUUAGAUUUCAAAAGCGACAGCAGUAUCAUUCUCCAGGAGAGGUUCCUGUAUGCCUGUGGAUUCGCCUCCCACCCAGAUGAGGAACUCCUUCGUGCCCUCCUUAGUAAGUUCAAAGGUUCCUUCGCAAGCAAUGACAUCAGGGAGUCGGUUAUGAUCAUCAUUGGAGCCCUUGUCCGGAAGCUGUGUCAGAACGAAGGCUGCAAGCUCAAAGCAGUGGUUGACGCUAAGAAGCUGAUCCUGGGAGGACUUGAAAAACCAGAGAAAAAAGAGGAUACCAAAAUGUACCUGCUGGCCCUGAAAAACGCCUUGCUUCCUGAGGGCAUCCCUCUGCUUCUGAAGUACGCUGAGUCUGGAGAAGGGCCCAUCAGCCACCUGGCUACCACUGUUCUCCAGAGAUACGACAUCUCCUUCAUCACAGAUGAGGUAAAGAAGACCUUGAACAGGAUAUACCACCAGAAUCGAAAGGUUCACGAAAAGACCGUGCGCACCACUGCCGCCGCUGUUAUCCUAAAGAACAACCCAUCCUACAUGGACGUGAAGAACAUCCUGCUGUCUAUUGGGGAACUUCCCAAGGAGAUGAAUAAAUACAUGCUCACUGUGGUGCAGGACAUCCUGCGGUUUGAAAUGCCAGCCAGCAAGACCAUCCGGCGAGUUCUCAAAGAGAUGGCCGCGCACAAUUACGACCGGUUUUCCAAGAGUGGCUCCUCCUCCGCCUACACUGGCUACAUAGACCGUAGCCCCCAUGCGGCAUCCACAUACAGCCUCGACAUUCUCUACUCCGGUUCCGGCAUCCUGAGAAGAAGCAACCUGAACAUCUUCCAGUACAUCGGAAAGGCAGAGCUUCACGGUAGUCAGGUGGUCAUUGAAGCGCAAGGGCUGGAAGGCUUGAUUGCAGCCACCCCUGACGAAGGAGAGGAGAACCUCAACUCUUAUGCUGGCAUGUCAGCCAUCCUGUUUGAUGUGCAGCUCAGACCUGUCACAUUUUUCAAUGGAUACAGUGACUUGAUGUCCAAAAUGCUGUCAGCGUCUGGAGACCCUAUCAGUGUGGUGAAAGGGCUUAUUCUGCUAAUAGACCAUUCUCAGGAUAUUCAGCUGCAAUCAGGACUAAAGGCUAAUAUGGAGGUCCAGGGUGGUCUAGCUAUUGAUAUUUCGGGUUCAAUGGAAUUCAGUCUGUGGUAUCGAGAGUCUAAAACUCGAGUGAAAAAUCGGGUGGCUGUUGUAUUGACCAGUGACAUCACAGUGGACUCUUCUUUUAUGAAAGCUGGCCUGGAGAGUAGAGCGGAGACAGAGGCAGGCCUGGAGUUCAUCUCCACAGUGCAGUUCUCACAGUACCCAUUCUUGGUCUGCAUGCAGAUGGACAGGGCUGAAGCGCCGUUCAGGCAAUUUGAGACCAAAUACGAAAGGCUGUCCACAGGUAGGGGCUUUGUCUCUCGGAGAAGAAAGGAGAGCCUCGUGGCCGGAUGUGAACUCCCGCUCCAUCAGGAGAACUCUGAGAUGUGCAAUAUGGUAUUCCCCCCACAGCCAGAGAGUGCUGACUCUGCUGGAUGGUUUUGAAGCUGAGCUGACGCCUGGUGUUUCCCUUGGAUCCGUUUCUGCCAGAGCGGGGUGCCUUGACGUGCUUAAUCCUUGCUCUCUGAGAGCACAGUGUUUACAUACUUGCCUGUAUUUAAGAAGUUUGUAAAGAGCGAUGGAGUACUGCAAGUUGAUUAAAUUUGAGCCUAUUCAGGAGAUGCCCCACAGUGUCACUCUGAGUCAGCACACCCAACAUGCCUGCUUUUGGUACUUUGCAAAACUCCUAACCAGGACAGUGAGUCUGCGUUUGCUCUAAGAAGAAACUAGCAUUUGAAUAAAACAAAGACAAAACAAAACAAAACAGAACAAAACCCACACCUUAAAGGCUUAGGCAAAUGCCAAUUUGAUUCAACAACUUUUAGCCAAAGUAAACCCUUGACAGAACUUCAAACUUGCUUCCUGUGAAGCACAUUGCCUAAGCAGAGCAGGGGCGGAGGGAACCCAAGCAAGCUAUUUUUCCUCCUUUUUUUUCUUUUUCUUUUCUUUCUUUACUUCCCCCCCCCCCCUGGUGUCUAUGGGAAAGUCUAUAGAAAGGGCAGAGACAAGACUUAAAGGAAUUUUGUUAGUCAAUGUCAAGAAUUAAUAUUUAUGUUUUCUGAUAGUUUCAUAACCGUGAAAGUAAGAGACAGAAUUAAAACAUACUGUGCCAUGUCUCUCCCGGCCAGGCAGUGAGACCACUUGGAAAGCAUUUACCCAUUUAAAAUGAAAAUGGAAUUAUCAUACAGGAAUACAGAUAACUGAGUUUCAGAGCAUCCAUUAGGUUUUUCUCAGGAUGUGUCUUUCUUGAUACUGUUAUAUGAUACACAGUUCUUUGCAAGGGACAUCCUUAGAGUUACCACUUUAUCUAUACCUCAAUUGUCUGGACGCUCCAUCCAGUACAUUGACUGCAGUACACACAACAUCCAACAGCGACUGGGAUGAUUGUUGCUUCAAGAAAAUAAUGGAUUUGUAUUUUAAAACUAUGAAAUUAAAUAAAGACCAUCUUUGUUUGUAUGAAUUAAAAGGCCACCCCAAACAUUUAAACAUAAUUUAUUAAUAAAGCGGAUGUGUUUAUUACAAUAACCCCUCCCCAAUGUCAGGUGCUCAUUUGUCCACUAAACAAAAGGAAGUUUAAAAUGGAAGUGGAAAAAACAUAAAAUGGAAGUUUGGCUGCAGUAGAAAAUAAAUUGCGAUGAUGAAAAAUAAACAAACAUGUAAUUUGCUGA